AUGCCAGGCGCACUCGUGGCGGAUGUUCUGGAACGAAAGCCAGGGGCGCCUUCACCUCCGAGUGCUCCCUCGCUGAAGAACAAGACUGGAUUCCCUGAGCAUCGCAAACGAAAGGUCGAGAGUAGAUUCAAGCAGCGGAGCGCAGUGAGGGAUGAUCAGUUCAAUUCGAAAGAGGCGCCAUCAGAAGAUCGGCUAGGACCUUCUCGUCUUGCUGCUCCAGCAGUCCAGGAUGUCGAUGGUGGCGAGGCGAAGACCUGGGAGGAGGAAGAAAAGGAGCGGAUCGAUGCUGAAAACACUCAGAAACUCGCUGGGAUGUCCGCGCAGGAGAUCGAGGAGGAACAGCGAGAACUGAUGAACAGCCUUGGACCUGCCAUGAUACAGCGCUUGCUUCAGAGGUCGAACAUCAACAGUGGCGGGACCGAAGCAGAUUUGUCUAGGCGAAACGCAGCUGAGCCACCGAAGAGUAACACUAAGAAUGCAGCGCCGAAGAAAGUCUCGUUCGCCGCGCCAGCAGUUGUCGAAGACCGGGCGGAGGUGGAAGAGCGCGAAGUAGACGCUGUCGAAAAUGUCGAGGACCACGAUGACCAAGCAGUUGAAGCUUUGCCGCACGACAGCGUACACUUCCCGCGACCGAAUCAGCCUCCAGACCUGAAUCCAGAAUCGGAAACGUUUCUGGACGAUUUGCAUCAGAAGUACUUCCCGUCCCUCCCUUCAGAUCCAGGCAAGCUGGAAUGGAUGCAGUCCUCCAAGUCAUCAAAGAACAACUACGACCCAUCAGCCGCCGCCCUGAACCCUAAAGACCUUCGCUUCUCUUUCAAAGGCGAACUCAUUGCGCCACGUACAGCCUCUCAAAUUCCAGUCUCCGCUGGUCUACAUCACCAUGGCGACGCUCCAGAAGCGGCUGGCUACACCAUCUCCGAAUUGGUCCACCUCGGACAUUCCAGCUUCGCACCACAGCGAUGCAUCGCAUUCCAGACCCUCGGACGUUUGCUGUACCGACUCGGCAAGGGCGAGUUUGGAGAUUCUGGCGAGCCGGGUGCAGGUACGGAGGGCUCUGAGGACACUUUUGGAGCGUUGGCGCGCGGAAUCUGGAGGGAGGUGGAUAAGGAGAAGGUCAUUGAGAUGUUGGUGAUGGAGAGUGAGGGGAGGGGGAUCGAUCGAGGAAAGCAUGUUAGUGCGAAGGCUUAUGCUACGGAGGCGGUUUGGCUGUGGCAGAGGGGUGGGGGGAGGAGUUGGAAGGCGGAGUAG